CUUCUCAGUAUCCCACAUUCUGACUUCUGUGUACAUGGGGCGCUCUAGUGGCUGGUUUUAAGUUUUGAACGCACAAAUCUAUUCACUCUUGUCUUUGUCAGUCGCCACUUUCUCUGUUCAAGCUUUUCAAUUUUCAACGAUGAGCUUGGAUUGAACCCAAAAUCAUUGGAAGAUCCUUUUAUGCCACCAUUAUACCUGUACGAAGCUUCUGCCUUGGGAAUCAAUCUCGUUCAAAGAUGCAUCUCCACGACCUCUCUGCAAAUAGGGCGCCAACUCCAUGCUUUCAUUCUUACCUCAGCACCAACCUACCCGCAGUCGCCAUUCCUGUACAACAACAUCCUCUCCAUGUACGCGCGAUGUGGUUCCCUCCGGGACUCUCACCUGGUGUUCGACACAAUGCCUCUGAGAAGCCUCGUUACCUUCAACGCCCUCAUUGCUGCCUACUCCCGAGCACCCUGCAACGCCAAUACCGCGUUCAAAGUACUCGCACAAAUGAAAAAUGAAUUAUGCCUCGGUCCAAACGGGGCAACCUUCACGAGCCUUUUACAAGCGUCUUCUGCGCUUGAAGAUCGAUUGGUUGGCUCUACACUCCAUUCCCAAGUGGUGAAGUUCGGAUUCUCAAGUGAUAUUUGCGUCCAAACUUCCUUGCUUGGGAUGUACUCGAAUUGUGGGGAUUUGGAGUCUGCAAAUAAGGUGUUCAGCUGCGCUGUUUGUAAAGAUGCCGUCUCUUGGAAUUCUAUAAUUUAUGGGAAUAUGAAAAAUGAUAAGAUCAGGGAAAGCCUCCAUCUGUUCGGCAGCAUGGUGAGGACUGGUGUGAUCCCAACCCAGUUUACCUACUCAAUGGUCUUGAAUGCUUGUGGCAGAUUGGGGGCCCGCAAAUGUGGGCAAUUAAUCCACGCCCAAGUGGUUGUAUCUAAUACAUCAGCUGAUUUACCGUUGCAGAAUUCAUUGCUUGACAUGUACUGCAGUUGCGGCGACACCCCAGCAGCGUUUAAUGUUUUCAGUAGGAUUGAAAACCCAGAUUUGGUUUCAUGGAACUCGAUGAUAGCAGGGUGUUCGGAGAAUGGAAAUGGAGACAAGGCCAUGGAUUUGUUUAACAAGCUACAAAGAAUGCCUUUUGCUAAACCAGAUGAGUAUACUUUUGUGGCCGUGAUUUCAGCCUCCAGGGAGUUCCCUGCUUCCAAUUAUGGGAAAGCUCUCCAUGCUCAAGUAGGGAAAGAAGGCUUUGAGGGGAGCGUCUUUGUUGGAAGUACAUUGGUUUCCAUGUAUUUCAAAAAUGGUGAAAGUGAUUCUGCUUGGAAGGUUUUUAGUUCAAUUUCUCGUAAGGAUGUAGUUCUCUGGACUGAGAUGAUCACGGGUUACUCGAGGAUGAUGGAGGGAGAUAAUGCAAUUAAAUUCUUCCUCAGAAUGUCUCAGGAAGGCCAUAAGGUUGAUAGCUUUACUCUCAGUGCAGCUUUGAGUGUGUGUUCUGACCUUGCGACUUUGAGACAAGGAGAGAUGAUUCAUUCCCGAGCUGUGAAAACAGGAUAUGACGCUGAAAUGUCUGUUUGUGGCAGUCUGAUAGACAUGUAUGCCAAAACUGGUAGCCUACAAGCUGCACAAUCAAUAUUUUCCAUGGUCACUGACCCUGAUAUAAAGUGUUGGAAUUCCUUGCUUGGCGGAUACAGUCACCAUGGGAAGACAGAAGAGGCACUGAACAUCUUUGGCGAAAUUCUAAAGCAAGGACAAUUACCAGACCAUGUUACAUUUGUAUCUCUUCUUGCAGCUUGUAGCCAUUGUGGCCUGGUUGAUGAAGGGAAGCUUUUAUGGAACUACAUGAAGGAAAAUGGUCUAAUACCUGGACCUAAGCACUACUCCUGCAUGGUUAGUUUAUUAAGUCGAGCAGGAAUGUUGGAGGAGGCAGAGGAAAUGAUCAUUGAAUCACCUUUUGGUGAAGAUUAUCUAGAACUAUGGCGAACAUUGCUAAGCUCAUGUGUGAUCAACAGAAAUCUGAAGAUGGGGUUAAGAGCUGCAGAGCAAGUUUUAAGAUUAGAUUCUGAGGAUAGUGCAACACAUAUACUGCUUUCAAAUCUAUAUGCUGCUGAAGGGAGAUGGGAUGGUGUCGCAGAAAUGAGGAGGAAGAUAAGAGGGUUGAUGCUGGAAAAGGAUCCUGGGCUAAGCUGGGUAGAGGUCACGAACAAAACUCAUGUGUUCUGUUCAGGGGAUCGAUCAUGCCCAGAGGCCAAUGAAUCCCAAGCCGAACUGCAAAGAUUGCAAGGAAACAUGCCAAAAACAGAAUCAAAUCUUAAUUUUAUGCAAGACCUUCUCACAUGUGAUGUAUUAGGAUAUUAUGAGACAGGCACCAAAGUAUGAGAAUUGAUACUGUAUAUGGAUACACCCAUGCAAACUCUCCUUUUUUAUGCCCCAUUAUUGGAAAACAGAUGGAGGUUAGUAUCAUUCCUUUGGAAAGGAAACAAGAAGAAUGCAACUUUCAACUUCUAGUC